AUGACGCUAUCGGCAGCCAGGACACGCAUGUUCCCGUCUCUCCGCGUUUCCCUCGCUGGCUUGGACCCUCGCGAAGAAUACUGCGUACUCCUCGAGCUGUCACUAGUUGGACGUAGACGCUGGCGCUGGGCGGGCGGAGCUUGGGCAGCGGCGGGCGGUGCUGAGCCACAGUCGCCCCGCCGGCUCAUGCUGCACCCUGACUCCCCAGCACCUGGCCACCAUUGGACAGCCAACCCUGUAUCAUUCAGCAAACUGAAGCUUACAAACAAUACAAUGGAUGCUCAAGGACAUAUGGUGCUAACCUCAAUGCACAAGUAUAGGCCACGAGUGCUGGUGGUACGAGCGAGGGACGCGGCCGCGCUCGCGUGGGGAGCUCCACACGCCGCUUUCUCCUUCCAAGAGACUGAAUUCAUAGCUGUUACUGCAUACCAGGGUUUUCAGUGGCGUCAGGGCUUUUUCGGGGUCGCUCCGGGCGGGCGGUGCGACGUGACGCGACAUGUCGACGGCGACAUGCUUGCGCGCGAUGCUAAUUGGCCUGUCGCCAGCAUACCGGCACAUAACGAUCGCAUCACAAAACUGAAGAUUGACAAUAACCCGUUCGCCAAAGGCUUCCGUGCGUGCGGUCAAUCUAAAUGUAAAAGGAAGAAUACAGAUUCAAGUGCUGACGGUGUUGAACCUGUCGGCUCGGAAACAUCGGAAGCCAAGAGACCCUGUUCUGAUGCCGCCUCAUCCUGUUCGGAAGAAGGCAGUUUACGUUCAACUUCACCCAGAUCUCCACCGCUAGCUGAAUCUCCAGCCCCACUAGUAGCUUCCCCAGAAAACAUCACUCCGCCUCCACCUUCCUUCUAUCCUGAAUUUCCAUACUUAGGACAUCUACCCAUGACUAUGCCAAUCAGUCUUUGGCCUAGUCCGCCGAUGGCAGCGGCUUUCUCGUGGGGACCUACACUACCCCCACCACCGCCACGAGCACCCACGCCCCCACCAGCGGCACCAGCGCCUUGCCGUCGUGUCAAGAGCUUCACAAUCAGCGCCCUCCUCGGAGAAGGAUGA